GCAGCACUGCCGCUCAUGGUAACCUGUUUUAAGCGUAUUAAAAAUCAGUGUGCGGCGUAAGUGGACGGUCGCGACCCUCGCCAGUCGCGAGUCCCACAGCUCUCUGGCGUUGUGUCACGUAGUUUGAGUCAAACUCAGCGGCGGGUUUCGGAAGUCACUCACCAGAGAGUGAAGUAAAAGUUGCGUUAUGCUAGUGCUCGUGAAGGUUCGGCGUGUGGACGAGGUGCGCAUUUGAAUGCAGCAGCGAAGGCACCACUUGGUGGCGAGAGGUGCCACCCACCUUGUGGAAUUCUUGUCAAGUCGAUGAACCUGUUACCACCGAUGCUCGUUGCUGUCGCGCCAGUUCUGAGCGCGUUCACUGACCAAGCGGCUGCUUCUAUUCACGUGUAAUGACAGGUGACCGCCCACCGUGGUUGGAGAGGUACUUUUCCGCAGGCCGUAAUUCAAUCCCGGCACUGCAGACCUUUAAAUAUCUUCUGUGAAAAAGCCAGCCAGCAGCCACGUGGUGUAAGGUGAGACCUUUCCAGUGCAGCGACCAGCCUGUCCUGCUCAGUGGAGUGGGAGCGUGAUCUGGACUUUUCCUCUCAGCGCUGCAGUCGCCCAUUUCAACAAAGACUUGAAGUCACCUGUAACGGGGGAUUGUUGUUGUUGCUGCGGUGAGGCCUUAGGAAUAACUCUUUGCUACGCCACUUACAGUAGUUAUGUUUCCUUGUUCUUUCCUUGGCUCACCUUGAGUGCCUUGCAGUGAAUGGAGAACCUACUGGUUCUGCUCCCAAAACACAGAGAGGAACACAGGCUGGGCAGACUCUCAGCUGCAUGUGCCGCCGCACCUUUUCCACACCACAAACCUGUGUUUCCAUUGGUCUUUAAAAGCCACCUCUGCAUACUGUGACACUUGAAUGGGAUAAAUCAUUUGGAGUGAUCAGGUCCAAAGUCAGACCAGAUCAGGUUCAGUCUCCCAUACGACAGCUGGACUUUUUUUUAUUACCAACCUUGCUGUCUCCAAAAGGCUUCCGCAUGGUACUUUGGUCGAAAGAGCAAGACAAAGUCCCCGACAUCAACAUGUCCUCUGGGGCCAAUGAAGUGAAGAAGGAGGGAGGCCCCCUGGACCCGGCCUUCCUCACCUCCAACUCAGUCCAUCCCGUGAUUUUCACCAAGGGCUCGGAGGAGGUCAGCCCGGGAAACGGGGGCGAGUUUGAGCUGGCCGAAGUCACCGCUUUCACGGAGAGGACUGGUGAGACGGGGGAAAAUGAGGAGAGGUCAGAGAUCGUGGCGGUGAUGGACUGCCGGGCCAACGCCAAAGGUCAGCGAGAGGAAGACGCGCUCCUGGAGAACGCCAGCCAGAGUAAUGACAGCGAUGACAUCAGCAACGGCCAGAGCCCAGAACCACCGGCUCCGCUCAAGGAGACCUCCUUCACCAUCGGCCUGCAGGUGGUCUUCCCCUUCCUGCUGGCCGGGUUCGGGACGGUGGCUGCGGGGAUGGUGCUCGAUAUUGUCCAGCAUUGGACGGUGUUUACCGAGGUGUCGGAGGUGUUCAUCCUGGUCCCAGCACUCCUGGGCCUCAAAGGAAACCUGGAGAUGACGCUGGCCUCCCGGCUCUCCACAGCGGCCAACAUUGGCCAGAUGGACACGGCCAAGGACAUGUGGAAGAUGAUCAUGGGGAACUUGGCUCUCAUCCAGGUCCAGGCCACGGUGGUUGGGUUCCUGGCCUCCAUCGCUGCCGUGAUCUUCGGCUGGAUCCCAGAAGGCCACUUCAGACUGGGACAUGCCGUGCUGCUCUGUGCCUCCAGUGUCGCCACUGCCUUCAUCGCAUCUCUGCUGCUGGGCAUCAUCAUGAUCGGGGUGAUCAUCGCGUCCAGAAAGGUCGGCAUCAACCCGGACAACGUAGCCACGCCCAUCGCUGCCAGUCUGGGUGACCUCAUCACUCUGUCCCUGCUGGCUGGCAUUUCAACUGGACUGUACAAAGAACUAGAGAACAACGACUACGCCAACCCCCUGGUGUGCGCCGUGUUCGUGGCUCUGUGUCCGCUGUGGGUCCUCAUUGCCAGGAAGAUCCCGUCCACGCGGGAGGUGCUGUACUCUGGGUGGGAGCCGGUCAUCAUCGCCAUGGCCAUCAGCAGUAUGGGGGGCCUGAUCCUGGACAAGACGGUGACCAAUCCCAACUUUGCUGGCAUGGCGGUUUUCACGCCUGUGAUCAAUGGGGUGGGAGGAAACCUGGUGGCCGUCCAGGCCAGUCGCAUCUCCACCUACUUGCACAUGAACGGGAUUCCCAUGGGGGACCCCAACCCUAACCCCAGGAAGUGCCCCACCCCCUGCAACUCCUUCUUCAGCUCCUCCGUGAACUCUCGCUCAGCCAGAGUGCUCUUCCUCCUGGUCGCCCCGGGACACCUGGUCUUCCUCUACACCAUCAACUCUCUGAGGGGGGGGCACACCACCCUCACCCCAGUCUUCAUCACCUUCUAUCUGGCUGCUGCCCUGCUGCAGGUGGUGAUCCUCCUCUACCUGGCCGACUGGAUGGUCCACUGGAUGUGGGGCCGAGGAAUGGACCCGGACAAUUUCUCCAUCCCCUACCUGACGGCCCUGGGCGACCUGCUGGGCACCGGCUUCCUCGCGCUCUGCUUCCACAUGCGCUGGUUCAUCGGAGACAGAGACUCGGACUUGGGCAACUGACUCGGGGCCCUGGUGCUCCACCCUGGACUCAGACAAAGGGCUAAUCCCUCAUCGGACUCUGAUCUCCCCUAGAGGCCUACGUCUCUAGGACGGUGACCCUGGAUCUAUUUGUACUAAACACAGCAGAGUGCUCUGAUCGAAUGAUGGUUGUGGAUGACGUGAUUAUGCGCGAGACUGUCCUCAUUAUUUUCAAUGGGGCGACUCGCCACUGUUUUUAACCGCUCAGUGACUCGACUAGAGGCAGCGCCAGGUGCCCCUCAAGACUUUGGGGAUGAAUGAAGGUGGUCUGGGGCGACAUUUCACUGUGUAAUCAACAAGCUCCGCCCUCCAACAAGCUCCGCCUUCCAGUCCCUUUCCUUUGGCUCGGUCGACUGUUGUAGAAUCCGCUGGCCCCGUUCUUCACGGCUCAUCAGUGGGGGGUGGACCUGGACUGAAGGGGUCUGGAUGAGAUGCUCCUGUAGAGAGAGCCACCAACGUGACCUGGCCCAUGCACCAGGUCCUCACAGUGCCUGUCAGUUAUAGACGCACAGAGAAACGUCAAGUUCAGGUGUCAGUUCUUCUCACUGGCCGCAUCUGUCGCUCUCACCUGGCUGCAGCAGUGCGCUGCAGCUCUUCAGUGCCUCCGGUGGUGUCACCGUGUCACCGCUCACUCAGGUGCAGACGAGCCCAGACUUCAGUUUGUAUGUUUUCACACUUCCGUCGCCUUAAUUCUAUUCACGGUCAGCAACUAAAUGACCUUGGAGACUGGUCCAGUCUGGAUGUUAGAUGAUCCACUGGGGGUUGAGCGUCUGUUGUUACCAAAGGCUCCUUAGUCUGAAGGCUGUGUCCCAUCUCUCCCCCGACACUGGGCUCAGUGUGGCGUGUCCCACUCCUCCUCACUGGCCGUUCACCACUUGAUCACAUGACCCCUUCAAACCCAGGGAGCUCCGGAGCUGACUUGAAACCAAGUGGGAAGCUGAAGUGUGGAGAGAUGUCCAGGAGACCAAAGGACUUGAUUUCACAACAGUGUUGGACAGGACAACAGGGACAUGUUAGUAGCCAGGACCACUCUUCCCUGUGUUGACUGUCUCUGGUGUCACACGUCAGCCAGCCAAAUGCUCCACCGUGUCCCACAACAUGAACAAUACAACAGGGAUGUUCAACAGUAGGUUUGGAUUUCUCCUGAACAAACAACAGUGGGCUAGCAUCCAGGCUAACGUUAGCAUCCUCACACCUCUGACACGUCUGUCACCGCAACACUGGCUCCGCACAUUUCUUCUCCGUUGGUUCACCAAACCAAGUGAGAUGAUCAGCGCCGAUGCAAGAGGUUGCAGAAACGUGUCAUUUCCAAAACGUUGUCUCCAACACUGGAUAUGCAGGAAACAAACCACAGCACGGCAGCCAAUGACACGCCGUCUUGGCGCGUGACCUCAGCAGGUGUCAGGGGGAGGAGUGGGACACAGCCCGAGAGCUGCUUGAGUCCGAGGACGUCCAGUGAGCUUCCGUGACAUUUCCGUGCUCCAGCUCUGGAGAGACAACCCCCCUCCACCCCUGCGUUCCCUCCGAGGCGCCGGCCGAAUGAAUGUGCAGUGCACUUGAAGAAACUUGAUGAUUUCUGUUCUGAUUGUUUUGUCCUUCUCACUCGUGUCUGCAGCCCGACUCCUUCCGUUCCAUGAUGAUUUUCGUCCCGUGUUGCUUAGCGCUGGAGUCACACACACACGCACACACACACACUGUACUGUAAGGAGCAGCUCUGGAUUCCAGCCCUCCGUGUCCCCAGCGGAAGCUUGUGAAUACUUCUGAACGGGCAGCGGAUGCUUUGUCUAUUUAUUUCUACAAACACACAAAGCGAUUUGUACAUACGAUAUUUAUUCUAUACCUGAGCUUGUUUGUGAUGCUGCUUCUCUUCUGAAGGAGGCCAGUCGUUGGUCACGGUGCCUUCACACACAUAGAUGGGCCUUAACGUCUGAGGACCCCACUCCACACAGCAGUAACCAAUCAGGAGUGGCGUCUCUUUCAUGCGCUUGAUUCACGCUGUACAGAAGGAUGUUAGUGGUGUGAGCAGUGAUGGGCAGCCGCAGCAGGAGAGGCAGGGCCUUCACCUCACACUGAAGGCUCCAAAACCAACAUGUGAGCUGAGGCUUCCCUCCGACCUUUGUGUGUCCGACGCUUCUGACCUGCUGGAAAUAAACAACACUGUUAUUUCAUACCAGUCCAAUGUGGUGCUGCCUCUUCUGUCUGGGCCGCGAAAUUCAGCCAAAAAUGCCUGAGUUUGUAGCAGAGUUGAGAAAAAAAUACAGAGAAAGUUGCAGUCAUUUAUGGUUCUGGAGUAACAUGAGAGGAAAUAAGGAGUUUUGCAAAAGAGCUUUUAAAAAAUAGUGCCAGUUUUCAACUUAAAAAAGUUCCAGGCUGCAAAGAUUUGCACCAAAUAUGCUUUAUUUGCCUGAUAAAUUAAUAAACAAACUGAUGCUGAUGAUAACUUUUGUUUAGUUCCGGAGCUCCUGAUGAGGGCGGAGCCUUUGGAUGGGGGCGGAGCCUGAGAGGUACAGGUGUGUGUGAGCGGCUCAUUCCAACAGUAGCUGCUGAUGUGUCCCACA